AUGACUGGUCGUGCUGCCACGCGUGGUCGCGGCCGUGGCCGUGGCAACCCUCCGAAGCAGACCCCGUCUACUCAGAGCAAACCACCAGCGGCCCGUCGGCCGGCCACACGACGCAUCUGCGACUAUUGCAGCAGCGAUCCCUCCGGACAGAUCCGACACGAGCAACAACCGUGCGACUGGACCGAUGGGAAAUACCCGCUCGAGUGCAGUAACUGCGCCGACCACCGUGCGCUGCACCCCAUCCAGGCGGCCGGGCACGUUUGCCAGGUACUGCGCAAGCCGCUCCUCUACCGCAAGUACUCCCGGUACCACCCGGCGCGCUACGACCAGGCCCUCAGCCCCCUCAACGGGCAGCCUACGAGCACCGGUCUCUGCUGCGUCAAGUGCGCCGCCGACGAUAAGACGGCCGGUUGCGACGUGGACCCGAUCCUCGGGUACCAGUGCUCGCGGUGCAAAGCCGACGACAUGUGCCAGCUGAGCGACGGUCGCUUGAUGGAUAACAAGCCGAAUCUGCGACAGGGCGUCGUCAGAUGGUUCCGGCACGCGUGUGACUCGUGCGCACAGCUCGCUGCCGCGCGCCGCGUAGAGCAGAGGGACCAGUGCUCGUGGCUCGCAGACCACACAGUCUGGAACCAGGCUUGCGACCGCUGUCGCAGUAACAAUCUCGUCUGCAUUGGAUCCUCCAUCGUGGCAGCUAUGCCAGCCGCCAUCAGUAUUCCAGAGAACUGGCGUCCACGCAGUUUUAUUGCUUUGGGCUGGGCCGAGCUCCGGCCCGGUACGGUCUGGCGCAAGGUAUGCAUGAACUGUCGACGCGAUAGCAACCACUGUCGCGCCUCCAUUGCCGCCCCUUACUCGGCGUGUGGUCGAUGCACAGCCCUGGGUCUUGAUUGUGUCGAUCAUCAGGGCACUGCGUACCCCAUCUUUGACUUGUCCCAGGUUGGCUUUGGGAGCUAUCUGCCGUUUACCGCGUGUAGGCGCUGUGUGCAGAGCGGCCGAAACUGCGACAGGCAGCGACCGUGCGACUCAUGCACCAAUUAUGGCGAGGCGCAGCUUUGCGACAAUGCCUUUCUCAUUACAACAGCUGGCAAGAAUCGCAUGUCCAACUGUAUCCACGGACGUCUAACCCCCAGGCCUGGUCCACUGUACUAUCUUGCCCAUGGUUACGGUGCCAAUGGCGUCACUGAUGUCAAGGACGGCUCUCGAAUGGAACACUGGAUCGGUCCACUGGUCGAGAACUAUGUCAUGCCGUCCAUCAGUUUCCAUGUAGGCACCCUCGUCCGGGAUGUCUCACGGCAGCGCGAGUCGCUCAUCCCGCGGUCCACGCCGCCACACGCUGCACCAGGCACACUGCUGGCCAGCAGCCCAGCAAGCCAGCUGUCGGCAAAUGAUCUUGCAGUCAUGAUCAACCAAGUCUGGCCACAGUCUUACUUGAUGAACACCCUGAGCAACUUCGCAGAGGAGCAAAGACAAGCCAGAUUGAGAAAGAGAAUGGUUCAGUUCGACACCCCCGCUGGAGUAGAUGCCCCUCCCACAGCCGCCGAUAUCGCUGCGGCUCUGAAUGAGAAUCCCAACUUCGCUUCUGUGGCCAUCCGCCAAGUCGUCCAGCCAUUGCCUGUGGUGUCCCACACCUCGGAGGAAGACGAGGACGUGGAAUUCGAGGAAGGCGAGGAGGAGGAAGAAGAUGAGGACAGCGAUCAAGGUGAGCAAGGCGAUCCAAUCGAGCAAAGUAACAACCCUGAUAAUGUAUCUUUCUUACCGCAGCCAGCAGCAGCUCCUGAUCAACGGAGACCGAUCCUGCAGCAGAUUGUUCAGACAGUCGCGACUGUGGCAUCGCUCAGCCAGCCAGCGCAGGAUGCCGCUGGUGAUGCUGAUAAUACCGAUGGCACCGAUCAUGUUAUGGACAUCAAAGUACCAGAAGGCGAGCACCUCCCCAUAGAUCCCACUCUUCAGCUCUGGGAUCCUGCCACUCCAAUACCCAUCAUCCUUUCGUACCCUUCAACCCUCCGUCUUCCGUUUCGCCCGAAGACUGAUGAAAUGGAUUUUGAGAUGACUGACAUGUCGCGGAUGUCAAUCAUUUCACUUGUUUCUUUUUCGUGA